CAAUACUUCCUUAUGACCCCAACUGCUAUCGACUGUAUUGUUUAUAAAACUCGUAAAAAUAACAUUUGAUGCAUCUAUCAUCUAUGUCUAUUUACUUUAUUUUGUAAUUACUCUUAUCUUGUGCAUUCUGAGUAAAAUUUGUUACAAGUCAUGAGCAAUUCAAAGCGCGUGUUGCUGCUUGAUGGUGGAACAGGAAUGUCGUUGGUUGAGAUGGGUCACAAGUUUAUUGACGUAAGUAAAAAUUACAACAACAACAAAAAAAACAAAAUAAAUUGAUAGUGAUAGGCUCAGAUAGGCUAAUUCUUAAAUUUAUUAAUUAGGCUCCUGAGCCUAUAGGCUCUUCAGUCUUCUAUACUAUGUAGUAUUCAGAAUUGUAAUGGGAGUCGCUAAGUCGAUUGUUUUGUCAUUUGAUGAGAGUAAAUACGAGUAAGACUUCCGGGAGGCUGUAUGCAACACACUAGUGCUUGACAACAGUAGUCUGUUACACACUACAACUAGUAAUUCAAGAUGCCUAGGCAAUGUUUGGCUUUUGGCUGUUCAAACAGUGAAGUUAAGGACAGCGGUAUCAGUCUGCAUAAGUUUCCGCUUAAGGAUAAAGAAGAUUUAAGACAAUGGCUUGACAAAGUGGAUCUUCGUUAAUUAUUCACAUGAAAUCUUGUCCCAACAAGUUAUUAAAAUAGGCCUUCGCUGCACAAAUAUCGAAUAAACACGCAAAUGACGUUACGGGUAUGCCGACAUUUCGUCCAAUGAAAAUUAACAAUAAAAUAAACAAAGGGAAAUGACUCCUUCACAAAUAUUAAAUAAACACGCAAAUGACAUCAUUGGCACGGAGCUCAACAACAGCCUGCCGAUGAUAGUUCCCAUCGAAUAUCGCUCGCAAAUUUUUCUUGAAAUAACUUUCCUCCUUUAAUCAUAAUUGACGUAUAUUUAUUGUCACAUAUAUGUAUUUCAUUUAAAAAACAUGUGUAUCCCAGAAUAUUUUGAAAGGUAACAUUUUUAAGUAACAUGACAUUGGGUAAGCACUGAUGAAGUAUCUUUUGUUGUGUGUAGCAGCCUAGUGAUUGCUUACUCUCAUCUCGUGACUAAACAAGGAAGUGACAAAGUGACUCCCAUUACAUUUAAAAUAUGAAAAUAAUUGGGUAAAUAGUCAUUGGAGAUGCCACUAUUUUCUCAGUGGCCGCCAUCUUGGUUGACACGUCCCGUGACUAAAAAAAAAUGGCGGCUCAAAAAGUAGUGCAAAACAUGUGCGAUUAAAAAGGAAGGCAAGGGAGGAAAAAUGUUUUAAUUUGUAAAAAAUGAAAGGAAAUAAAUAAAUUUAAUAGCAUUUUUUUGAAAAUCUAUCCCUUGCCUAACCCGAACCCUAAAUCGAUCCCUAUGCCUAUCCUGAACCCUAAAUCGAUCCCUAUGCCUAACCUGAACCCUAAAUCGAUCCCUAUGCCUAACCUGAACCCUAAAUCGAUCCCUGCGCCUAACCUGAACCCUAAUUCACUGCAAUUAUAAAAAAAACAAGCAAAUGACGUCACGGGGUGAAAACUAAGAAGCAGCCCAAUUUUCUGGGUCUUCUUCGCCUCAGGGGGUACUUUCACUUCAAUAAUAUAAGAACCACUGUUCUAGGGAAAUGUUUCAGACAUAGGUGCAGUAAAUUUUAAAUCCAUGAGAGGUGAAUUUUCUAAAGGUUUGCAAAGGACAGUAGUGUUAGAGAUUUGUGAUGUUACAUUUGAGAAAGGGGGGGGGGUCUAACUUUUAUAACGAAUUGUGACGAUGAUGGGGGGGGGGUAACAAAUUUUCAAUAUUUGCUUGACGUCAUUUAUGGAUGGCCCCUUACAUGCAUUCUUUAUAAAUUAACUCUAGGCAGAAAUAGUAGUUAACUAAUAAUAAAUUGUACAACGCUUAAUUUUCUUUUCAUUUGAUUUUUAUUUCUAAAGUGUCUUUGAACCGCCCCCAAAGAUACAUAGCUCUAUUUGUUUUGAAUUUUUCACUCUGUAUACCAGAUUUGUUUCACCUAUAAGUUGGUAUGCUAAAUGAAAUUUUCAAUGAAAUUUUCAGACUGUUCACAAAAACAAAACAAGAAAUUGAAUUUAUAUUAAUUUAUAUUAAAUUAUUUAUUGAGGUUUAACGAAAAUAAUAAAACUUUCUGGAAAAUUCCAAAAAUAUUUAAAAAUGAAUUAUGAUGGAUAUAGUAUAGGUACAGAGCUUAAAGUCUAUGCUUAAUUAUUUAGCUUAUAUAAAGAAGAAUGAACUUGGGGCCCCAGUUCCAAAGGAGUGGCUAUUGUGAGUUCAGUACCCUUCAGUAUUUGAAUAGGGAUAAUGCAGUGUAUGUGUGCUAAGUUCAGUCUGAAAUCAUAUUUAUAAAGCUCAUAUAAGAAAAAAAAAAGAAUAAUGGCCCCCUGCCCAAAAUGGAAUAUUGUAAUUUCACUAACCCCAUUUCCCCCCCUCCAGUAUUUCCUUUUUUAAAAUGCAUGUCUUCAUUUUUCAAAAUUUCAUUUAGCAUAGAAACUUCUAGGCGAAAAAAUCUGGCACAUAAGGUUAGAAUGGAGCUGUUCAAAGAUGCUUUAGAAACCAAAUUAAAAGAAAAAUAAGCACUGUAAAAUUUAGUAUUUAUUAACUAUUACUGCCUGUAGAUAAUUUAAUAUAGAAUACACGUAAGUCUAUAUGUGAAAAUACGAAAUUUGUUGAGAAAUAUGUGCAUCUGGACUACACUUUUAUCGUAUUCUGCCCAUUAGUAUUAUAUAGUAUAGACUCUAUAGUAGUAUCAGUGCUUUUUUGUAGCAAAAAAAGGGACAAUGUCUACUCUGAUUGAGUUCCCAUUUGUUUAUUCUUGGAUUGUUACUAAGAGUUAAAAUUUCUUUUUUUAAUUAUUAACAAUAAUACUCUGAUGGAAUGUUGUAAAAUUAAUAUUUCAUUUGGUGGUUAAUUAUAAUAAUUAAAACUAGAUUUAAAAUGAGGCCAAAUUUUAUAGCACAUGCAUGUAAGUUGAGGGAAGGGAGCAACCGCAGGGCAUUGACACUUCUUGCUGCAUAUCUAGAGGGAUACAACAAAGUUGCUACUUUAGCCACAAAAUGGUGGAACUUGGAUUAAAGUGUGUGAAACUGUAAGUUGGGUUUUCAUUAUUUUAAAGUGUUUUAGUUGAGGGAAGAGAGCAACCCCGGGUGGUUGACACAUCUUGCUGCCUAUCUAGAUAUUACAAAUUUGCUAUUUUUGCGACAAAAUUAAUGUAUUGGCUGAAAUUACGCCAGAAGAGGGAGUGACAAUUAAAUUUUACCUUAAUUUUUGUGCUAUUUCUUUUCUUUUGGUAUGUAGCUUAAACAGCACAUUAUCUCUCUUUCCUCUCCCCUUUUAGUAGAGGUGUGCGUGCUUUUUUUUUUUUUUACACAGCUGCCAUCUUGGUUGUCACAACACAUUCCGUCAUGGAAUGGCAGCCAUGGUAGAAUAGGGGGGAAACGUCAAGCGUACAAUUGCCCAAAAAGGUGCUGGUACUCACAUCUGGUUAAUAUUUUAAUGAUCAUCCAUUAUGAUGUCACGCAUCGGGCUGGGGUGGGGGGUGGGAUUUUAUUACGCAGUAUUGUGAUGGGUUUCACAUCGAGGGUGACUAAAUUAUAUGACAAAUUUGUCACAGUGGGGAGGAGGGAUCCAAAAUCUGCCCAAAUAGUUUGACUCAUUUAUGGAUGGCACCUUAAUUAAAGUAACAUAUAAAUUUUACCAUAGUUUAAAGGAUUAUCAUAGGUCAUUAAAAUUUGUAGUUCAGCUUUGUUUCUCAAGAUCAGAUUCUGAUAUAUCAAUAGACGUCCUACUUUUUGUGUGUUCUGUCAUUGUGUGUAUUAAUAUUCUGUCCUUUUUAUCAGCAGGACAGGUGGUUCAGAAAUAACUAGUCAUUUUUUACAUUUUGCAAACAUUUUUUAAAAUAAAUAUAUUAUUUAUCAUUCACAUGCGUAGCUAGGGAUAGUUCCGCCUGGGGAAAGCCAAGCUUUUUGCCACAUCCUUCUGCAAAGCAGCCUGCAUAUAGCAUUUUAAUUAUUUUUCCUUGACCUGCGACGCUGGACAGGAUGAUUCAAGAGCACAUGGACCGAACAUAAAAUGUUCAAAAGUUACUUUGAAAAAUCCAUUGAAAAAAGGUGCCUGUAUGCUGUUCAGGUGUGUUGUGCGACAAAAAAAAGCCAUGGAUAGUAUUACAAGUACUGGACUGUAGUGCUUUUAGUUUGAGUUUGAGAAAGUUUACUUUUAGAGUAGCACAUAGUCAUGUGUGAGUGGUCAAGUGGCAAAUGAGUAUUCAAAAGUUAUUAGUACUGCUUAAGGCCUACUAUAUUGUAGUAAAAUACAGUGUCAAUACUACAGCUCAAUACAGAUGAGAGUUUGAUAAGUUUGAGUAAGUAGCUUUUAAAUUUAGAGCCUUAAAAUGCAUAAUUUGGGAUUCACAAUAGUUUCUAGAUGAUGACCAUAGUGGGUGGGUUAUCAAUGAAUACACUAAACAAAUUGGGCUUGGUAAAUAUUUUUAUGAAUGAAAUUUGCCAAUAAAAGAAUUUAACUUGCAGAAAGUAAAUGCAUAUUUAACUAGCCCAUAUUUACACCCUCCCCCCUUCUUUCCCCCCGCCCCCCCUCCCCAUAAAUAAAUACAUAAAAUUAUUAAAAUACACACCAGUAACCUAGUAGUAGAUGCAAAAUUAAAAUCUCGUAAUCUGGACACCCUGCCCUUUUCUCUGACAGCUUUUAUUUUUGUGAUAUAUCAUAUAUGGACAAUCUGCAAAAAAAAAAGAAAGCUGAACAUGUACAUAAUUUUAUAAAUUUAAAAAAUUAAAAUUAGAAUCAAAAUGGAUCAAAUUGCAAAUAACAACUUCAAAAAAAUAUUAGAUGAGAGUUUUAUGAUUGUGUUUGUUUUAAUGUUUCAGACUGAUCCUCUUUGGUCUGCAGCUGUAAUUUCUACUCAUCCUGAAGACCUAGUCAAACUCCAUAAAGAGUAAAUUAAAACAAUGAAUUAAUAAUCAUAAAUAUCUCAGACAUAAUUGAUUUUAGGGUUAGUUGUUCAUUUUGUAGUACAAAUGAAUAUAUAAACCUUUGAUAUUUCUUCAUGAUUUGUUAGUAAAGACUCUUAAAAAAUAGUUAAUGCAGCAAACCUUUUUUUCAACAUGUAUUACUAAUUCAUAUGGAUCAUGUUUUGAGUUUUAUAAAUACUUCAUCAUUAUAAACAUUUAAGUGGAUAUUGGUCAUUAUAAUUUUCUAAGUCCUUUGAAAUGAAAUAAACAAUUUUCAAGAAAGUCAUAAUUGAAAUUCUUUAUCAGCUUUUUUCUGGCUGGUGCUGACAUUGUGCUAUCUGCUACUUACCAAGCUUCCGCUGAGGGGUUUAAAAGCAGAUUUGGCAUUAGUGAUACUGAAGCCUUUGGUCUGAUCAGGAAAGGGGUUGAACUUGCUAAGGAAGCAAGAGAUGAGGCUGAAAAACUAACAGGUGGAGAAGGCUUUUUUUCCUAUAAACAUUGUAUAGAGGGAUUCUAAGAUGCAUUUAGUCAAUACUUCAUUUUAAAAAAAAACAACCUUAAGUAAAAGAUCAUAUAGGCUAGCAAAUCUGCCUGGUGGAUCCAACUGUAGACCACUUUUAACACCAAAUGAAUGAAAUAGUGAAACGAGGUAUGUGGAAGCUUGAAAUAAGCUAACAGGACAAAAAACAAGGACGUUUCGGCAUAAAGCCUUCCUCAGCCAACAAUAGAAAUGAAAAUAUAACAAAGAAAAGAACACCGUAGACAACUGAAGCAGUAUUCAUUCGUGUCUCCGGAAGUGGGAAAACAGGAAGCGAGAGAAUAUAAAUAUUGACACUGUGAAAAAUAAAGUCCACAAUAAUAAUGGACCAGAAUAUCCAGGGAUACAUCAACAAACAGCAAUAAGAAAAUAGAUGAAAUAUAGGGAAACGGAGAAACAUCAGUAGGAUAUUAUUUGAUUAAUACCAUAUGGAGAUAUGGUGCCAAACAGCUGAAUAAAUUAACACCGUUUUAACACCAAACGGUUCAAUUAGCACGGGAACUUUUUUAGCAAGGCUAACCUAGCAACCACCCAAUUAGUGGGUAGUAGGAGGUUUCAGUUCCUGGUUCUCACACUGACAGUUACAAAGGUGGGGACACAGGCCCAGGAGUGGUAUUUUUUGUGAGUUUCCCAUUAAAGAUGAAAAAUCUAUCCUCUUUUUGGAUGUUCUAAAGUCUGUGAGAAGAAUGAAAAAUUCAAAAUGCGAUAGGCAUCAGAAACUAUUUUAUUUGAGUUAACAGAAAGAUAUCGACAAUCCAGAUUGUUUCAUUAGAAAAAAAAAAAUUCUAUGGUGCGCGAAUUGCAACAUUAAAGUAAAUGCUUUCAGUUCUCUGAUUGUGAUUAAAAACAUAACCAAAAAAACUCACUUUCGUGUGUACAUUCUUGACAGUAACCUUUCACAAGUCACACAGUAAAACAUUGACAAGGCAUGUUUAGAUGCUGAGCAUUGACCUAGGGCUAUUUGUCUGAGAAUUUUAACAAUGAAAUACUUAAUCCAUAAAUAUUUACAUGUGACAGUGCUUCAAGUGUUUUGUAAUUAAAUGCUGUAAGCAUAUUUGCAGGUGUCAACUAGUAUGCUGCUGUAAUUUCUGCAGUUAUUUUCUUUUGUUUCUUCCUAGCUUUUCAAUUAAAUAGUUAUUUUUAUAUUUAGUUGACUGAACUGAAGAUACCAGGAAUUAAAAAAUCUGACUAAAUUAAAUUCAGUUAGGGUCAAACCACAAUUAGUCCAGACCAUGGAUGUCUCAGUGUAUAUUCUUAUUUUGUUUUAAAUUUUUAAUUAUUUUUUAUAUCUAUUAAAACAGGUUUUCAUAAAUUUGUGGCUGCAUCUGUUGGACCAUAUGGGGCAACACUUUGUGAUAGGUCAGAGUACCAUGGGAGGUAUUCUGAUACAAUGACUAAAGAGGUAUUUGCAUGCUCUCUAAUAUUUGAUUAGAUGGGGAAGCUGAUCUAUGGGAAUACAACCAAAAUCGCUCUAAUAAACCUAUAAGUAUUUGCUGUCUGCAAAACAUAUACAAUAGCAAAGACAUGAGGUGUAAUCUGCUUCACAAUGUCAAAGAUAUUUUUGGCAAGGUGCCACUUAAUAUAGUUAUAAAGUACACAUAAAGUAACACACACUCAGUGUCACUUUCAUAGCUGUGUGCAAACCCCAGGCUAUAUUAUUGCAUCUACAUACCCAUCUCAAAUCACAGUAUAGAGCUAAUAGAGACAUAUAAGUACAAGUACCUAGAUGUCACCAAUUAAUAAGCUAACAUAGCAUGACAGAGCCUAAUUCUAUAGAAAAAAAGUUAACCAAAGACUUUCUGUCUUAAAUAUUAUAAAAUGUUGGCAUAAACAACAAAUUAUUAACAUGUUUUACAGUGCAACAAUUGAAAGCCUACUGAACAACCUCAGAAUUACCUGCUGGUGUGGGAAUUGAUCACUUCUCAUCAAACACCGAUUAAAUAGAUUUAUCAAGAAACCAAGUUAAAUUGCUCUAUCAAAACUACCUUCGCUUGAAGAACUAUUUGAAGCACUAUGCAUUUGUAAAACUAAAUAUAUUUUGGCUGAUGCAUCACACCCUCUUCAUCACAGAUACCUAAGAUUAAGAUCAUCGCCAUGAGAGCAAAUUCUUUCUCUCAAAGUAAGGGCUGAAAUAUAAUAUAAUAAUAAUAAUAAUAAAGAUUAUUUAAAAAUCACGCUUCAUCCCCAAAGGCUCGAAGCGCGGUACACACCACAUUGAAAUACAAAAUUCAACAUUACAAAACUACAUACAAGAAUACCCAUUCUAAGUCUUUCAGACCUUGCAACCAUAAAUAACACAGGCCAAUAUACAUCUAAAAGAUAAUAGCUAUAUAGACAACAUCACCCCAGCAGGUGUUUGCAAAAAAGAUAAGUCUUCAAAUCAUUUUUGAAAGACUCCAGUGUCUGGCUGUUUCUGAUAGCGAAAGGAAGAAUGUUCCAAAUUGUUGGGCCAGCAAAUGCGAAAGUGCGCCCCUCGUAAGUCUCAAGGCGAACACGUGGUAUCAAGAGUUUGCCACUAUCAGAUGAGCGGAGUUGUCUUAGUGGGUACAUAAGGCGUAAGUAGCGCUUUGAUAUAGGACGGUGCCAGGUCAUGCAAGCAGCGGUAGCACAGAGUUGCAAUUUUGUACUCUAUGCCAUCGCGGACCUGCAGUCAAUAUAUCAAAAUUCAUUUUUACCCCAAUCUGUAAGAAUUUACCAGCGUACGCCCCCAGCUGUUAAAAAAAUAUCCAAGUAAUUGGUCUUAAAGUCCACAUUUUCACUAACUGAGUUAAGUUCCUUCACAUAUGUUGGUUGAGACUUGAGAAAUACUUUUAGAUUUCUUGUGUUAAAUUUUUCUUAGUUUGUAAAAUUGUGUGUAUCUAUAAUAAUAUUUAUGAAUGCGCUGAAAAUGAAUAUGUACUUUGUAAUAAAAAAAACAAUUCCAUUUAUUUUAUCAAUAAAAGAAUCUUGUCUUAUCAUUUUAAUGUUUAAAAUGUUGAAUUGCAUCAUGAGAGUCAGCUGUCACUCACGUGGGGUUUACCCCAAGAGAGGCAUUCUGGGAUGGGGCGGCAUUUGUUCCUUCUAGUUGUAGCCUGUGACUGGCCUAUAGCAGGAUCCUUGCUCUUGACAGUGUGUUAAAUGAUGAUUAGAAGAUAUUCUGAUAUGUUGGGACUUUACAACUUUGGAUUAGUAAUUAAGAAUCAGCUUCAGCAUUUGGUAGAAUUUACUAUUUUGCAAGAUUAUCUUAACGUGUAGCCUUUUACCCAAAGAAGUUGACUUUUCUAUUUUUAGGAACUUAGUGCCUGGCACCUUCCACGCCUACAAGUUCUUGUUGAUUCAUUACCAGAUCUGCUUGCUAUAGAAACUAUUCCUGUACUCAUGGAAGCAGAGGCCAUACUGGAUAGUUUAAGACAUUUUCCUCAUAUGAAAGCCUGGGUUACAUUUCAGUGUAAAGUAAGUUCGAGGUGUGAAAAGAGAUGGAUGAUUUCCUCCUAAUUAUUUUUGUUGUAGAUUUGUGAUUAUAAAAUAACACAAUCUUUGCCAUAUUUUUGCAUAUAUAUAACAACAAAUAGUUUCCGAAUAUUUUUUAAUUACAAAUUUUGAAGCUUCUCAGUUUAUUCUCUGUCAGGUGUAAAAUAUUGUUGCAAUUUUAAUUCUUAUUAUUAAAAAGAUUUUUUUCAAAAAAUUCUUCUGAUUAAACUGAAAAUUUCAAGUUGGACAAUGUCAGAAAAUUAAAUGCUUUAUUUCAGGUAUUCUUAUUUUUGUUUUAAAUGAUCCCAAUUAAGAAAAUAACAUAAAAAAUGCAAUAUCAUAACUUUAAAAAAAUAAAAUUGACAAUUAAAAAAAACUGAUCCACAUUUUUCACUGUCAAUUCUAUUUUGUUUAAAUUUAAAAAAAAAACUGUGUAAAACCAAGUUAUACACCUUUUUUAAAUUAAAAUUUUGACCAAUCUUUUUUAUUUUUUACUUAAGGAGUGAGUAAGAUUAAAAGUUUGAAAUCAAAUUUUUUUUUUAAAAAUCUUGUUCCAUUAAGAAAAAAAUGAACUGAGUUUGCAUCUAAAUCUAAUAAUAGAAUGAGAGACCAACAAAAGACACAACCUAAAUAGUGUAAACACACGUUUAGAAUAACAAGAAACAAAUUAUGAAUGGCAGCAGAUCCAGUCUAGAACCACUGAAGCUCUCAUUGUCACUUCUUCAUAUUAUUUCAUACAGGAUGGGGAGCACACUGCUCAUGGGGAAAAUAUUCAGGAUGCUGUCAGAUCUGUGGUGCGGUAUGACAAUGUGAUUGCUGUUGGGGUGAACUGUGUGCACCCAAGCUUUGUACUCUCUCUGGUACAGAACAUCAGCGCUUGCAAACUAAAUAUCCCAAUUGUUGUGAAGCCCAAUGGUGGAAUCUUUCAACAGGACGGCAGGUUUGAAACUUUCUCUUAUCAUCUUUGCUUGGCUGAUUUUUGUUGUAUAUCCUUGAUGUGCACAGUAAUGUAUUUUUAUGUUUCUUAAAAUCUUUUCCCCUAUACUGCUGUUGACCGGUACAGUUGAGAUUUUUUUGUUAUUUAAUCCACUAAUUGUGAUUUAGAAAGCUUUGGAUAAAACAGUUUUUAUGUCAUGAAAACUGUUUAUAUUUUAAAUCACUUCUCUGCAAUGUUGAAAAUUGAGGGAUAAAAUCCCUAAACAGUGCUUCCCAAACCUAGGUUUGGACUUUUCUAUGGGUAAAUAUAUGAGUUUUCAUAGAGAUCCUCACAAGGGCUACGAUCAACAUCAGAACUGACCAGAUAUGUAGAUCCUUAUACCUGGAAUGUGUUGUAUGAGUAGUAACACCAGCAGAUGACUGGACUCUGUCAUGUCUGUAAGAUAAGAAUUGAAGGACUGCAUUCAAGCUGUGUAUAUGAAACAGUAGGCAACACCCCUUGUUCUACUAUUUCAUUGUCUUGUCUGUAACAACUUGCGAAUAAAAUCAUUUCCUAGAGAGCUUAAGAUGAUAAAAUUCAUGUUUCCAAAUGACAUGAUUUUGUGCCACAUGUAGAGAUGAAGGCAGUUGGUUGAUUGGCAACAACUUUAAAGUGCAAUGAAAGUUGUAGCACAAAAUAGGAUUACAUCACGAUCAUGAGUCAAGAUAUCGUGUAGAACCAUCAGCAGAUAUUUGAAAAUGUUCAAAGCAGCACUAUAGCAGAUGCUGAUGGAUGAACAAAUGUACUCAUCAGUUCUAACAGCACUGUGGCUGAACUCGAAGGUCGCUCUACUGCUCAAAUAAACAAAGCUGCAAUCCUUAUAGCUGGGGAUGAAUUCAUUUCCGUUGACAUAAUCAUUCAAAGCCAGUAAAAGGCACAUUGAUAACAUUGAGAAAAGGGCAGUUCUGCCUACUGCAAGACACAUGCACUGAUAUCUACUCAAGAUGCCAUGUCACAUGUGAAAGCUUCCAGAGCUCAUAACAUAUUUAUUACCUGUCAUGUAAUCCUAUUGAGCCAGAGAUAAGAGAGAAACUUUAAAUUGACAAAUAGCGCUUGCCAAGGUUUAAUUUAAUAGCCAGAAUUAUCCUGUCAUACCUAGACCAGCCUAUUAAUGCUACCUUAAGGCGUCAGCUCUUUAGAGACACGUUAAAAAAUUCCUCUAAGCAUAAAAUUGAGGACCUAAGAACAUCAACUGCCCGAGUUUUCACUGACAAUCUUUCCCAGUAGGUGAAGGUACUUUCAUUACUUAGUUGCCUUUAGUAUGUUGGUGGCAUGGUGCCAUCCAUUACAUAAUAUUUGUUGUAAUGUUAUUUUGAUAUUUUAAGAUGUUGGACAAUUAAAAAUCAUAUGUGGUUGUGUGAAAUAGCAAUCCUUGCCGCUAAAGAAAAUGCUGUCAGUCAGUCAAAUCAUCAUCCACAUUCAAGAUAAAAUUCCAGGCUCCGUUACUAACUAUGAAUCCAUUUGUAAAGUCAUGAUGCCAAUGAGGCGUUAAAUCCAUCUCAGUUCCUCAACUUUCUCAAUAGCCUUGGAUGCCACCACAUGCCAUCAACUUUAAGCUGCUCACCCACCAUACUGCUUCCGUGUCUAAAUGUCACCACAGUUAUGUAUGGGCCUUUCUAUUUCUAUCAAACGAAUGUUGCCUUAAAUGUCACUGCAGUGAUUGAUAAGGGAAAGGUGGUUGUUGUAGUCAAACAGAAAGGAUUUAGGGAUUACCUAAUUAAGGGAUUAUGGGGUUCCCAGUAAGUUUGGCAUUCUGUAUUACCAUCACAAAAGUCAAUCAAUUCAACCCAUUUUUUACUUGAAGUUGAUAGGAUGAAAUAUACAAGACAUGGCUCCAUUACUCUUUGUUUAUUGAUAUUCAGAUUGAGGCACUCUGCAACUAUAAUAAGUGUUUGUUUUACUCAUCUGACACUGACAGACAGGGCACAUUCAAGGUAUAUGCACCAUUGUGCAUUUAGACCUGGAUUUUGAUGUCAAAUGAAAAAUAAUAUAUAAAUUAAGUUACUAGGUCAUAAAAUUUUACAAUUGCCAAAUGACAAGUUAAAAUGGUUAACUCACUACUGAAUAAACUGCUAUGAUUUGAGCAUAUUCAGUCAUGAUAGUUAUCCCUUGACAUGCCAGAUAAAAAUCUGACCAUAAAAAUCCCCAUCCUCUGACUUGUGUUAAAUUCUCACAAAGUUGUUUUGAUUCCUUCUCAUUGCUACUUUCCCUAGGUCUGGAUCCAAGUACAACUUGUCUGACCAUGUCCUUGAAUGGCUCGAUGCGGGCGCCACUUGGAUUGGGGGCUGCUGUCACAUAUAUCCCGCUGACAUAACUGACCUAAGAAAGACUUUGGAAAAUGUCCCAAAUAUUCAUUUCAUUCAGAAGGGAGAUGGUUUAGUGUAAUCUUUUUGGUUGACAUGUGUAGGAUAUAUUAUUCUCACCAUGAAACCAGAAACGUAUUGGGAAUUUUAAUGUCAUCCUAUUUAACGGCUAUGGUGAAUACCAACUGAUCUGAGAGAAAGGCUAACUGCAGCGUAUGGUCCAUUAUCUUAAAUACCUCCUGAUGACGCAUAAUUUAAAUAUUAUUUUGUACUGUUUUUAUUUUCAGGUGAAGACUACCCAAUCUUUCAGUUUUAAUUUAUUUAAUCAUACAGAUAAUGGUUAAAUCUGUUUUGAAGAAUUUUUUCACAAGUAAUACUGGGUAUUAUGUUGUUUUAUUCAGUUUGUGAAAUUUAUGUGUUAACUUAUUUUAGUUUUCUCACCAUGUUUUCUUGUCAAAACUUAAAUGCACAUUGGAAUAUUUAUAGACUAUUUUUUUUUUUUUUUAAAAUAAGAGCAAAAUUAGUUCCUUCUACCUCCCAGUGAGUGUUAGUUUUGUUUGUAAAGGAAUCCUGUUGUUCAUGAACUGGUUCCAUUGUGGUGUUGACGGAAGUGCAGUGUGUUUAAUAUUUCAACAAACUGACCAAAAGACUAAGGCAGUCAUCUAUUUCAUUCUCUUACUUUCAGUUUUGAUGUAUCUGGAUUAUUUGUUUAAUUAAUAGUUUAUAUUUAUUGAUAAUUUUAGGCAAUCAUGUUAUAUUACAAUGUAAAAAUUGUUACUUGUUCUGGUGGAGGGAUUAUGCCCCUUGUUGUAUGCAAGUAUAAGCAGAGAAUAAAUUGACUUUCAACAUGGUGGUACACGUGGAGAUUGUGGUUUUGAAAACUUUUACUUUGCGUGACGUGCCCAUUGUUUGUUUGAUAGUCUCUCACCUCAUGCAUCUCUGAGCCCAAGUUUCUUUCAGGUUUUACAAUUUUUGUGGAUCCAGUAGUUACCAUUAUAAAAUGGAUGUUGUUCAAUAAAUGCUAUUU